AUGCCCUGCAGGAGACUUCUGCGAGCGGUCAGACAGGGCAGAGGCUACUUUCAGCUCCUGCAGAAGGAGGCGCAGGAGGCCGCGGGGAAGGAGGCGCAGGGAGCCCCAGGGCCUCAACCCCCCCGCCCGUCCUCGGACAGCGACUCCGACUCAGAGAGCCCCGUGUCGUCUGGACUCAGCUGGCCUUCGUCUCAGACUUCCAGCAGAGGGAGACGCAGGAGCCAGUCAGCGCGACCCUUCACCCCCAUACACCGCUCGCUCACCACCCCACAGCUGCACCAGCUCCCACCGGAGUCGGUGUUUGGCCAGCUGUGCUGUCUGAACUGGCUCCUGGAGACCCUGACGCUGGGCCGCGUGGGUCGAGCUGCACCCGUCUCCUCCUGCUGGGACCCCAAGGAUCCAGGUGAAAGCAGAGCUGCCAUCAAGGCCGUGUCCAAGGAGAAAGCCAUUCAGGCCAAGUGGGAGCAGUUCAUCAGUGUGCCAAAGACUCCACGGCGCCUCCCCCCCAGGCUGUCUCGCGCCUCCUCGGGCGGCUCCUACCUGCGGAAGGCGUCGGGCCAGAGCCGGGCCUCCUCCUCCUCGCGGGCCAUCACCACUCCGUCCCUGGGCCCGCGGGCCAUCACCACUCCGUCCCUGGGUCCGCUGGGCAGCCUGACGUGCCUGGCCCCCGGUGGGGAGGAGGAGGGGCCAGGAGGAUCCGCACUGACCGGUGAGGACACUGACCAGCAGAGCGUCGCUGGAUCUGAUGCCGAGCCUCCGGUCUCAGAGUACCUGCAGAAGCUUCUGGAAGAGGUUUACCAGAGUGUUGCCAAAGAUCUCUACGGCCCAGGCACAAAGACUGUUCGAGACUUUGUUUGGAACAGCAAACUAAAAUCAGCGUCUGCAAACAAUAUCACCUCUGAUAGACAAGAAUCUACUGUGGGGUUCAAGAGGGAGACACCACGACCAAAGAGUUGCCCCGCCGGACAGCUCUCGGCCACCGCGCGGUUUAUCAACAGGAAGUCCUCCAGGUUGGACGAGCUGAGGACUUCCUUUGAGGAGCGUGCGGAGGAGCUGGCCCAGACCUUCAGCGACUGCCUGGAGGCCAAGUCCAAAAGGCGCUGGGAUUCAGGGCUCCAGCGAUUGCAAGCCCUCUGUAAGAGGAUGUCCUCUUUGGGUGGCGACAUCCAUCAGCACAUUUCCCUGAGCAAACACGAGGUGGAUCCAGACAAACCCUAUAGCACUCAGUGGCUGCUGGUGCUGUUGCGUAAUCUCGCCGCGGCGGGCGAGCGAAACAGGAAGUUGUCGCGGGUGCUGGAGAAGCUGCAGCGCUUCGCCGAUGAGCGCCGUCUCAGGGUGCGCCCGCAGGUCUUCCUCAAAGUCUUGGGCGCCCUGCAGCCCUGGGAGCUGUGUCUGCCCGACCUGUGUGUGGCCAUAGAGGUGGUGCGGGAGCAUGCGGUGCGGAUGAGCGGGGAGGACUACGACGCCUGGCUCCUCACAAGGAUCGCUGGCCCCCAGGACACCAAGAGCGCAGCUCAUAGCUCAUGACACACACACACACACACACACACACACACACACACACACACACACACACACACACACACACACAGCAACAGAGCCAGUAGCCUACGGUGGUGUAGCAUAUUGUUUUCAGUUGCUGACUAGCUUUUACUGUAGUAUGGCUACUUAGCAGAGGGUUAUCAUGAUUCUCUCUCUCUCUCUCUCUGUCUCUCUCUC